AUGCCCCCACGACCAGCCAAGGGACGUGUGGCGCAGUCGUUUGUGGCGGCUCGUGGCGCACCAGACAGUCUACAGAGUUUUUUAGGUGGUCUCUCCAUACCUGCGCAGGGUGCCGCCGAGGACGCGGCUAUGAUAGAGGUGAAUCUGAAGCUCCUGCAGAAAACCAGCGAGGUAACCUUGCUCAAGGCCCUCUCAGAAUUGAAUCGUUUAGUGGCUGUUGCGCCGGAGGAGGAGCUUAUUUCGUACAUGCCAAGCAUCAUUGAAUCUGUGCUACGCCACGCUGAGCACCAGAAUGCGUCUGUUCGUGCCGGCGUUUUUGGCCUUUUGCUUAACAUAGCGCAGCGGGGGAAGGCGCCGCAGCGGGAGCUGGUUCGUGGGCUACCGUCGCUUGCCGUCGUCUGGGUAUUGCGCAUGAAUGACAUGGAGAACUCGGUGCGGAAGGAGGCCCGCGCAGCCUUCAAUGCCGCCAUCACGCCUGCGAUGCUGCACAAGCUUGCGGAUAACAUUGUGGAGGGCCUCAUUGAGGCGUUUCAGGCGGUGAUUGAACAAAGUCGUGGGAAACCGCUGCAAGACGACAAUUUGGACCGACGCUCCAACACGUUGUAUUCCUCGGUGUGUGCGAUGGGGUACAUGAUGCGGCAGCCUGUGGCGGCGCGGGCGAAAAUCAUUGAAUUUGUGGAAUCACAGUCCCUCCAGCCCGUGUUACCCACACGUGACGGCAACGCGAAAACCAGCCUUGUGGCGAAGACACCCGUUGUGAGUUCUGCGUCACUCUCCCUAUUGCGGGACAUAGUGGAGGCAAGGCUCAUGACACCGAAGCUUCACCGCUGCGUCUCCGGUGCCCUCCAUAACGCCAUAUUUAACGAUGAAGUUGUGGUAACGCGGCGCGCCUGGGAGCUCUUGCUUGUGUGGUGCGGCGACGGUGCUGGGACUGUCAUUGAGUACUUUGAGGAUGAUUUUUUGCAGGAUGUUAUUUGUAGUUUCACACGACGUCGCGACCUUGAGGCGACGGAAGUUAUUUGCCCUUCCCUCGUUCCCUUGCUGGUGCCCCUCACGCGUGACCCGCGCUGUGCGGACACGGCUGCUGAGUUUGGGGAGGCGCUCGUGCAGAAAUUGGAUCGUCUUCGCGACGCGGGUCUGCAGGAGUGGCGGUUGGUGCUAUCCGCCCUCUUGCAGCUCUGGGAGCUUCUCUGCGUUCGCGCCGCAAAGCGAGGCGGCGGGCACGAGCAGGAUGGUGCCAACCUGUUUCACCACAUUCUCUCCACCCUGGCCGCCGCGAUGGAAACCGCCGGCGCGAGGGCACGCUACCUGGAUGCCACCGUGUCGAUUGUUGCGUUAAGCAUGAGACGGGCCGCUCGCCACGAAGGAUGCUUUCGCCGGUGUCUCGAUGUCUUGUGCGGCCACCCUACCUCCUCUGGUCCCGUGCUUUCCAGCGAAGCGAGCGACGCGCUCCAGCAGGGCUUUGACCUGCUCCAGGCGGGGAUCAUGGGCGCCAUUGUGACCCUCCCUGGCGUCUCGCAGGAGGCGGAGCAGCUGAUCAUGAAGUACCUGCGCCAUAAACUCUGGGAGCCCUUGCUGGUUUUGCUGCAGGCGCGUGCACCCCCAACCGGCGGUGACGGGCAGGCACCGCCGUUUACCCCAACACGGGAGGUGCGGUUGCAGGUUGCGACGGCCCUGGUGGAUGCCGCCCGGAGGGACGCCACCGCCCGGAGAGAAAAACGGGUCGAGGAGCAGGAGGAAGAAGGGGGAGAAACGCCCCUGCGCCUCUUCAAGAAACUUCUCGCACUUGUGUUGGGCUGGAGUGACACUGAGAUCCGGACGCAGCUGCAGGCGCUUGUCGUCGGCGCCUCCGAUGAGCUGCGGUGGGUCGAGGAGGCCCUCCUCCUCGAUGACAUGCGGGACUCUGAGCGACUUUUGGGUCUCGUCUUGCGGGCGUGCGGGGACGCAGACUUUCGCACGCUGGAGCGAUGCAUUGCGGCGCUUGGGGAGGCGCAGGCGACGCUGUCGGAGCCGGCGAAGGAGCAGCUGCGUCGCGCAUUGCAGCAUUCACUGGAUGCCGUCCUGCGCCUUGUCUCGGAAGAGGAAGGGGCGGCGAUAGGAGAGACGGAGACCGACUCGAAGGCCGACCCGGACGCCCCACGCGGCAGCAAGAGCGGCAACAGUGAGGACGCUGCCUCAAGCGGUGCUGACGACGACGACGACGACGACGACGACGAUGGCGACGCCAUCGACGAGGAGGAGGAGGAAGAAGAAGAGGCGGAAGAAGACGAGGUCAACAGGGCCGGAGAAGUCCUGCAACAACUUUUGCUGUGGUGUGAUCUGCUUCAGAGAGGGAACCGGUUGCCCACGCUGUUGGAGUUCAGUGGCGACGACCUGCCUUUGCCGACGUUGUUCCGCAUCGUGGCCACCGUUUCGCCGAGGCUGCAUGCGGAGCAGUACAUGUCUAUCAAGGCAAUUCGUGUGGCUCUGCACAACGACAAGGAUCCCCUGUUGCGGGCGAUGGCAAGGAAGAAGCACUCCCUCGGCGUUGGCCCGUUCAACACGCUGGUGGAGAAGAUCGAGGGGCUACUGGACUCCUACAAGGUGGGCGUGGAGCAGUUGGACACGGCCUCCCUGGGGUUGUUUGAUGACGUCAUGCGGGAUCCCUCGUGUGGCCUUGCCGCGUGUGGUCAACUUUCCCGCCUGGUGCCGUUUGCGUCAGGUAGUCUUUUGCAGGGAAUCGCCUGCAGCACGGAGUUGUGGGAGGAGAACGAGGUGCAUUUGCGGGGCGCCGGCGCCCCUGCCACGGAGGUCCCCUUCGCCAUGCUGGAUCGCUACUGUUCACUUGACGUGAUGGAACUCUCGCUGCUGCGCUGUGUAAGAACGGGGCAGCUUGUGCACCUGCUCGCGCGUUCUGUGCCCCUUGAAACCUGUGACACCGUGGCCGUGCUGCUGCCGCUGCUCCGCGCCGCGCGUGUGCAGGAGGCGUUGUCUGAACCCAUACGCAAAUUGCUCAUGACGAAGUUGCUCCCACGCGCGCUUGUGCGCGUUAACUCGCGGGAGGACGUCGCUGCACUCUUGCGCACCGACGCGGAGCCGCACCUUCUGCUCUGCACGCUUGCGGCCGUCAUUCGCGACGCGGCGGUGUGUGUUGGCGACGCAGUCCUGGAGAGUGCCCGCCGCAUCGCGAGUGUGGUGACGGAGUGGAUGAUCGAUUCCCUGCUCUUGAAGGAGGGGGCAGCACCUGUGCAUGAGAAGGCCAUCGCGGCCUACCGCGCCUUCUUUGCCUCGCUGGAUGAAGCUGCAGAUGUGGUUGGUGACUCGAUUCUCUCCUCCGUCGCCGCACGACAGGCGUCUGUUGUGCAGGAGGCGAUGUGUAUGCUGCCCACGCUGCCUCCGCCCACCGCACUCUUGACGAUGACGAUGCACCGCCACCUCAGCAUCGCCCCUGUCGUCGUCGCCAGCACGGUGCAGCAAGUGAUCAGCUACGCCCAGCGCCUGCGCCCGCUUGACGGGUUUGAGUUCCUCGCAGAGCUCUCAUCCAGCCGCAUCCUUGAUACGGCGGCCUACAAUGAACUUGUGCACACCAUGACGCAUCUGCUGGCCCGCUGCUGCAGGCUGCGCCACAUGCCACCAAACGGGCGAUUGUUGUCGCAGGCGCCAAAUGAGCCUCCCAUGAGUUUGAGGGAUCUCCGGCGUGUCGUUGUGUCCGCCGUGUCGGCUCGCCGCGGUGGGAUUCUGCACGGGCGCCUGGACGAUGUUCUGCGAAGCUCCGUCAAUCUCAUCCUCUUCGACGCCGUGACGGAGUCCGUCGUGUCGCUGCGUCAAACGAAGGAGGAGGACGUGCCCCUCGUCACGAAGCUGAUCGCGUUCACGUCAAGUUGCCUCGGUGACUUAGUGACCUCCGACGUUGCCGUGCUGCGGGCCUCAGAGGCCACCGUGACGAAGGUGGCGGGUGUGAUGAACUUCGCCUACCAGUGGCUCUGCGCCACCCCCAUCGCGAGGUUGGAGUCCAUCGGAAUCGACGCCGUCGCAAGCGCCAUCCGUGCGGUGGCGUUGUUGUCUAUCUUGACGCUUAUGCGCUCGGGCGUUGUCCUGCUGCCCAUCAUGCGUCAGAUCACCGCCAAACGAUCGCUGCGGAACCUCCGUCAUGAGUUCAGCACGCGGUCUCCGGCAAAAGUAAAGUUGUUCACGCGAUACACAGCAAUCAUUAUGAAGACAAACAAACAAAAGCUGGCGCUCUUCCCGCUUCUGCUCGCGUGGUGCGUCACGCUGAGUGGGACCGUGCAGCAGGAGCUCACGAAGGAGCGACGUGAGGAGGUGUUGCACCUGCUCGACCUCCUCUGCUCGCUGCUGCUCACGCCAGUGGUGCCUGGCAACAAGCGCCUCGACGGGACGUAUCUUUGCAGCACGACGAAGUCGAGUGGGGAACACCUUGGGUUUGAAACCGUCGCCCUAACGCGAACAAACGCCGCGGAGCCGAUGAAGGAAUUGGCGAAGGGGGCCGCCGCCGUUUUUGCCUUGCUGCUGCAGAGCAACACAUUGCCUGUAGUGAAGAGCUGGUUGGAGACGAUUGAGCGGAAGCUGCAGGACCUCUUCUACGUUUUUGUGGAGGAGCAUGUCUCACCUCUGCUCGUACAGGAGAGCCUACUCACCGUGCUUGGCAGGAGCCCUACCGGGGAGCCGACCUUUGACGUGAAUGAAAACUACAGCGUCGCGGUUAGUAUGCCAAAGAAUCUCAUUACGCUGCGCUACACCAUGGAGGAUGCAAGUGUUAUGGUGCAGAUUGAAAUUCCCGCCGCCUUUCCAUUGAAGCCUCCUGUGGUUACUUUUGAAAGCGGCAAAGGCUGCGGCGUCUCAACCGAGAAGUGGCGUGCCUGGAUGCUAAAAAUGACCGUACUUCUCUUUGGAGGCUCUGCCAACGUGUGGGAGUGUGUGACGCUCUUUGGAAGGAACAUGGACGCUCACUUCUCUGGUCAGGAGCCGUGCCCCAUCUGUUUUGCCGUGGUGUCGGCGGUGGAUCAUCGUCUGCCCGACAUGCAGUGCGCCGUGUGCCGCAACGCCGCCCUUCACUCCUACUGCCUAUAUGCGUGGUGGGCAAACGGCGGCCAGACGGUAUGCCCGCUCUGUCGCUCUCCGUGGGUCUCAAGCUAA